ACGGCCCGACAUUAGCGGCUUCGAGAUUCGAGAGAGAGGGCUCAAAACCUCCAUUGGUUGAGAGAGCGCUGCGAGUUGCGCCCACGUUUGCUCGUCGUGGAUUGUGGCAGCGGUGAAGGAAGUUUUUUUUUAUCCAAUUCAUUCGAAGAUCUUGUCGCCCAGAUCGGGAGCAGAAAGGAGGAGGAAAUUGAAUCACAUUUGCAAAUGGGGAGAGGUGUUGUAGGUCUUCGUAUUGAUAAGAAGACGAACAAUGAAAGAUCGAAUGCCACCGUCCGUGUUGCUCCGAAAGCAGUGCCCGAGAAAUCUGGAAAGAAUGAUUAUGAGGUGAAGGAUAAUGACACGAAAGCUAGAGUUCCGGAUGGUUUCGAUGAGAAACAAGACGUGCUAGGGGUGAAAAGCACCAAUCACCAACCCGAGGAGAAGAUUAUUAAGGCUGAUGUUCACAAGUCUCCUGAGAAAUCGCCAGCAAAACCUGCAUCUGCUAAUGGUUCUGAAAGCAAUGAUUCGGGUGCAGAUGUUUUGCCCAAGUCUCGUGAUUCACUUUCUCCAGGAUCAGCAAAGCCAAUUGCUCAUUUGUCUUCAAGGAAGCUGAUGCAGCCUCAUUGCAAAAAUUAUAAUGAUGAAGAAGAUAAUUGGUCUUUGGCUUCCUCUACUGCAACUUCUGUAAGGACGAGAGUCACAGUUCCGGUUGCUCCAAGAUUCAAUUGUGUAAACCGUUUAGAGAGGCGUAAGGAGUUUUACACUAAGUUAGAAGAGAAGCACAAAGCCUUGGAGAAAGAGAAACUUGACUAUGAAGCUAGAACCAAGGAAGAAGAACAAGCAGCAAUUAAGCAGCUUAGGAGGAACAUGAUGUACAAAGCAAAUCCUGUUCCUAGCUUCUAUCGUGAAGGUCCUCCACCGAAAGUCGAGCUAAAAAAGCUGCCUGUCACCCGUGCCAAAUCACCAAAUCUAAGCAGGAGAAAGAGCUGUGGUGAUGCAGUCAAACCGACUCCUGAGGACAAGGUAUCCAGUGGACGAGCAUCUCGUCACAGUGUAGGCGUCUACAGAGAAGGCAGAGCUUCUCCUCUUCAGAAAAAGGCCUCUCCCGUCACCCCUAAGGGUAAGGAUCAAACUUAUGCGCGAAAGGUGAAUGGAUCGAACAAAGCCAAGAUUCCUACGAAGCAAUCAAAAGAGACGGUCGAAAAUUCUCAAGCAGAAGAGCAGGGGAAUGCUGCUGAAAUUGCAGCUCAAUCUUGAACUUGUAUUGGUAGUUGAUAGAUUUAUAAGUAGCUGGAAAACUCUCUUCUGUUUCCUCAUGUUUGAUCAAAAUGUUUGUAUGUUUGUGCAAGUCAACUUUGUUACAUGCACUGACUUGCCAAAGGCGAUGCCUAAAUUCUGAGCUGUAUAUUUUGUUUAAUUUAUUACUACAUCCUAUGCAGCUA